GGUUCUGAUAGAGGUAUGAAACCUGUUCCUAAGCUGGUUUAUGAUGGAUUAUCUAAAAUAAUUCCCUGUUACGCGAACACGAUUAUAAAAGUUAAAUGUGUGCGACGAAAUGAAAAAGAAGAUGCUAAGAUAUUUUCAGUAUGGGCUAUUGGAACAUAUCCAACAGGAUGUGGUACUAAUGAAAUCGAAAUGAUUUUAUUUGUACCUACAAAUUCUGGUGACAGAGACCCUGAAUCCCAAGCAAUCUUUAGAAGAGAUGAAUAUUAUUCAGUUAGCGGAAAGAUUGUAUCUGGAAACUAUUCUGGAAAUAUGCGACCAAAAAUGAUAGUUUUCGGUUCAACUCACUUAACAAUUGUUGAUCGAGCUUUAGACUCAAAUAAAUAUCCCUUAAAGGUCUCUUUAGUAGGAGUUCCACAAGGAGCGUCAACUGAAAUCAAAAAUACUGAAAAUUCUAUUAUUGAAACACUCAUAUCUGAUUAUAAUAGUCAACAUAUCAAUUACAUAGCUAAAGUGGUUUUUUCACAUGUAAAUCCACGACUAAGCCAUUUUAAAACUACCAUUCGUCCACAAGAGUCAAUUAUUUAUGUAAUUGGACAAAUGGAGAUCAUUGGAGAUAAAUAUUAUGUUUAUGCUAAUGAAAUCAAUCUUAGUGCAAAUAAUAAUGAAACCUUACUAUUGACUAAUCCAACUCGAUCUAAGCUUUUACACCUUCAUCAAAGUAUGGACAAUAAUUCUGAAAAUAUUGCCAAUUAUACGUCAUCUACAAAUCAAGAUGAACAACCAAAUAAUAAUGUAACACCAUCCUCCUCAAGUAAUAUUGAAAACAUGUACCAAAAUAAUAAUAAUAUAAUACCAUCUUCUUCGAACAAUAUACAUCAAAACAACCAAUCAAAUGAUAAUACACAUUCAGCAAAACGUAAGAGAUCUGAAGAAUUAGAUGAUUUGUUUGUAUAUCCAUCACAAACAAAAAAAGACAACCAUAUUAAUGAAAAUGAAUCAAAUUUAAAAGAUGCAAACCAAGGUGAAAAAUUAAUGGAAUCUAAUAAUGCGACUCAAAAAAAUUACAAAAAAGGUAAAGAACCUACAACUCGAGCUACACGCAAUACUAAAAAACCACAUAAUAAUAAUUUAACUAAUGAUAUCCCAAAUUCUGAAAAAGAAUAA